AUGCACAGUCGAAUUAGCAAAUGGGCAUUAGCGCUCACUGAAUACUCUUUAGCCUUUAUUCCUUUAAGGGCAAUGAAGGGACAAAUAGUAUCAGACUUUAUUGUAGAUCAUGCAGUGGUCGAAAGUCCUCAACUUCAAGUUGAGUUGAAACCUUGGAGAUUAUUCUUCGACGGUUCCACUCAUAAGGAUGGAAGUGGAGUUGGGAUCAUGAUAAUUUCUCCUGAUGGAAUUCCAACAAAACUCAAAUAUAGAAUUGAAGGUCCCCUUUGUUCUAACAACGAAGCAAAAUAUGAAGCCCUUAUUGCAGGACUUGAGGCUUCAUUGGAAUUGGGCGUAACUAGGGUCGAAAUUAAAGGAGACUCAGAAUUAGUAAUCAAGCAACUAACGAAGGAGUACAAAUGUAUAAAAGAAAAUUUGAUUAUGUACUUCGUCAUUGCAAAUAGGCUGCUUAAAUUUUUUGAAUAUAUAGACAUAAAACAUGUCCCUAGAAUAAAAAACCAAGAAGCUAAUGACUUAGCAGAAAUAGCUUCAGGAUAUAGAAUUUCAAAAGGGAAGCUAGAGGAACUUGUCGAAGUAAGAGGAAAAGCAAUGACUGCCAGAUUGUCUCCGACUGAUUUGGAAAGCACUCAGUUAGGAUAUGCUAACAAAGAAGAGUUUGAAGUACUGGCCAUUGAUACCUUAAUGGAUACAGAUUGGAGGAAUCCAAUUAUUAAUUAUCUUAAGGACCCUUCGACAAAUGCAGAAAGAAAAACCAAGUACAGGGCUUUAUCUUAUGUUUUGAUGGGGAAUGAAUUAUUCAAGAAAACCCCUGAAGGGAUCCUGUUGAAAUGUUUAGGAGAAAAUGAAGCAUACUUGGCAUUAUCUAGUGUACAUAGUGGAGCCUUUGGAGCACACCAGGCAGGCCAUAAGAUGAAAUGGUUGCUUUUCAGAUAUGGAAUGUAUUGGCCCACCAUGUUAAAAGAUUGUAUAGAGUUUGCUAAGGGUUGCCAAGAAUGUCAAAUACAUACAGGAAUUCAACAUGCUCCUGCAAGUGAGCUUCAUGCAAUUAUCAAGCCUUGGCCUUUCAGAGGUUGGGCAUUAUAUCUAAUUGGGGAAAUUCGACCCAAUUCAUCCAAAGGUCAAAGGUACAUACUUGUAGGAAUUGACUAUUUCACGAAAUGGGUCGAAGCAGUACCUUUAGUAAAUGUGGAUCAAGAAACUGUCAUUGAAUUCAUUCAAAGGCAAAUAUUAUAUAGAUUUGGAAUCCCAGAAAGUAUAACAACAGAUCAAGGAUCAAUUUUUACUGGUCAAAAGAUGUAA